GCACACUCUAGUAGUCCACUCCACUUCAGCGUCUCCGCCCAGUUCCAAUGUCAAAUUGCUCCGAACCCUAACAACCGCAGCCCCUUCCUUCCCGUCCAGUCGGCAUGGCAGACAUGUCCCUCGACGCCGACGGGGACGCCGACGGCCGCCGCCGCGGAGACUCUCGGACGCUCGAGGAGCACGUGGGCAAGUGGGCGGCGCGGAGGAUGCGUGCCGGCGUCCCUGCCCGCCGCUGCGUCCUGCCUUUCCUCACCGGCGCGCCCAAGGCGGUCGAAUGCCGUCUAUGCUCCAGGAUCAUCUAUGCUGGAGAAGAAAUAAGAUGUUCAGUUAGUCGCUGUCAAGAGAUGUUCCAUCUGAAUUGUGUUGUGAAAGAUAAUUCAAAAUUCACCACUGAAAGCUUCAGGUGCCCUCAACAUGGUUGUAUUAUUUGUAAGCAAAAAAUGUUCUUUUGGCGCUGUGGACGUUGUACAGUUGCAGCACAUACGAAAUGUGCACCUUGGCCAGUGAUUCAUCUAAAAGAUGACCGAGGAAGUGCAAUUUGCUGGAGGCAUCCUUCUGAUUGGCUCCUGCAAAAUGAGAAUGCUGAGUCUACUAGCAGCAUCGAGGAAGUGUUUUGCCGGCUACCUCUUCCAUAUGUUAACAAAAACUUCAGUGAUUCAACCAUUAGAAAUUUUGCUGAUGCUGUUUACAAGCCACCCCCCUAUACGGCCAUCAAGCGCAAUAUUUAUUUGAUCAAGAAGAAGCGCACUGGUGUUCGUGUGGAUACUGGGUGCACAGACUGCAGAGCUUAUUCUACUUGCAAAGAAGACUGUGAAUGCAGGGCUCUUUCCCUGAGCUGUUCCAAGAAUUGCCGCUGCUCAGGUCUAUGUACAAACAAGCCAUUCUGCAAGGAUAAAAAAAUUAAAAUUGUGAAGACACAUCAGUGUGGAUGGGGUGCUGUUGCAUUGGAGCCAUUGGAGAAAGGUGAUUUUAUAGUCGAGUAUGUUGGUGAAGUCAUUGAUGACACGACAUGUGAACAAAGGCUUCGGGAUUUAGAAAAGCGUGGUGACAAAAACUUCUACAUGUGUGAAAUCAGCAAAGAUUUCACAAUAGAUGCAACUUUUAAAGGAAACGUAUCACGUUUUCUAAACCACAGUUGUGAACCCAACUGUAAACUAGAAAAAUGGCAGGUUAGCGGUGAGACAAGAGUUGGUUUUUUCGCUUCUCGUGCCAUCAAAAUUGGAGAGCCCUUAACUUAUGAGUACAGGCCUGUAAGGUGGUGUAAAGAUAAGGUACCAAAGUGCUUGUUUCUGGAACACCAACAUCUCCCGCCAUCUCAUCCAUUGGAUCUCAUGUGUGAAGCUAUUGCUACAAGACGCCCACACAAUGCAAACAUUGGUGCCAGUGCUCAACAUGUUGCAAGCAUUGGUGAAGAGCAAAAUAAUAUGAAUUCCACGCAAAUAAUGGUUGACUUUGGAAGGCAAGGUUUGUACCAUGAACUUGAGCAAGAUCUCCAUGAUGAAUCAUUGAAUGUCUCAGCUAACGAUGCCGAUCAGCAAGCCAAAAGAAAUGAUGAGCGUGUAACUAAAAGACCUUUGACCAGAUCAAAGAGAGGAAUAUCCAAGAAACACAAGGUUAUAGCAGUGACGCAGACGCCUUGUGUCGAGGAGACUGGAUCAGUUCAUCCAGAGUUCAGAAGUGUACAACCUAACGUGAAUGAAUCAUUGGAUGUCUCAGCUAAUGAUGGUGAUCAACAAGGCCAAAGAAGUGAUGAGCAUGUAACUGAAAGACCUUUGAGCGCAUCGAAGGGAGGAAUAUUCAAGAAACACAAGGCUAUAGUAGAGACACCUUGCAGCAAGGACACCGGGUCAGUUCAUCCAGAGUCCAGAAGCGCACGAGCUAACAUGAACGAACAAGAAGCAAAUCAAGGAAAAGAUUACUCUAUAUCAAGAUGCCUGGAUGUGCUAGAUGCCAUGGAUGAUGUGCCAGAUGGGAUCAAGAUCCUCGCCUCUGAUGUCUUCAUGGAUGUCAUGAAGCGGGAGAUGUUUCUUUGUUAUGCACCAAAACUUCGUGGUCCAUGGUUGAAGAAGGAAGUUGACAAGCUUCAGAGUUCACGCCUGGUUAACUAACUCUCUGUAAGCUGUUCUGUUCUCCUAGCCUUGUAUCCAGCUGUGUGCCAGGAGAUACUUGUGCUGAUGUAACUGGUGGAUUUCAUCUGGAUGGUAAAACUAUGUAUAUAUCUGUUUAUAGAUGGAUAUAUCUUACUUGGAGUGUUCGGUAUAUAUUUGUAAAUUUGUAUCGUGUUCGGAGUCA